AUGUCAAGCUUUCAUCUCUCGCUCAUCAUUCCCUAUGAAAUGGUUGUAACAAAUGAACAACUCUCAACUUUACAAUUCUGCCUGUUAUUCUUGAAGUUUCACCUGACCCCUCAGCCACAGUAUAGCACUACUUUCAAAUGGUACUGUUUCAUCUAUCUAUUUCUCCUCAAAGACAAACUCACUCUGGGUAGGUUACACCACUGGAGUCAUUGGAGCAGUCAUCACUUUCAAUUUGGGACACAACAUUACAGCAGGGUAUUGGCAAGUCCUGCAUUUGCUGGCAUAGUGGAUCUUAGUGAUUUUGCUGACAUCAUGAUGCUUGGUUUGUUGUGCAUUUAUUCCUUGGCCCUUGGUGUUGGUGCAGGUCAUGCUUGUGGUUUGGCUUUUCCUUCAGAACAGAUGAAGGAACACCAUUGGUUGAUACUUGGUACCAUCUCUCCCUUAUCACACUUAGCUUUGAAGAUUGCAAUUCCCUUUUACCAUAUGCUGGAGCAAGCAAAGCAUGUACCAGACUGCAACUGUAAAAUUUUACUUUGUUCUUGGAUUGUCAUUGGCAUGGGGGGGCACAACACUGAUGCAGGAUUUGCAGUUUGCCAUAUACUCUUCCAUGAUAACAAACAAGUAAGCUUUCACAGAACUGUGCUUGGCACAUACCUCAUUGAUUACCUCACUGUGAGGACAACAAUGGUUGUUGGAUCAUUCUUGCAAGCCAUUCUUGGCCUCACCAUAGGCAUGUACACCCCACUCACUAAUCAUAUUGCUGCAUUUGCAGUUGUCUAUGGAAUAUUCUUAACUCUUGGUGAAGUUGGUGCGAUUGGCAAAGUGGGAGCUCUCAUUGGAACAUGGGUCUUCUCACAAAUUAUUGAUGGGCAGUACUGGUCCAUUCUGGAUUGGUAG